GACGGCGCGCGGUUGUAUUUCGAUUAGGCAAUCUACGAGACGGAAAUAAUCCUACCGCUGAUCUACGAAUAUACAUACAUACAUACAUACAUAUGUGUUCGUAGUGAAAGCGUGACGUUUAAAUAAUCCUUUGAAAUUUCCGUUGGCAGCGUUAGCGGCGAACUCAAAUUUUCAUCAGUUGCACGUGGUUCACAAUUUGAUCUUUAGAAUUCAAUGUCAGUAUGCCCAAGGCACAAUUCCAUAAAUGUGCACCGCACGAGGCAGAUCCUCUAAACAUAGAUGGUUUACAUAUCAACUAUGAGCAGGGGAAAAAUGAGGAAGCGUCCACUUCGCAGAUCGUCAUCACCUGCACAACGAACGAUGCGGCAGACAGUGGCGGUGAACGCGAAAAAUGGAGUCGUGAGAUAGAAUUUCUCUUUUCGUGUAUUGCUCUCUCUGUGGGUCUGGGCAAUGUGUGGCGUUUUCCCUUCAUAGCGCUGGAGAAUGGUGGUGGUGCCUUCCUUAUACCCUACGUGAUUGUGCUGUUACUUAUCGGCCGCCCGAUUUACUAUAUGGAGGUGUUGAUCGGACAAUUUGCGAGCGGUGGUGCAGUGAAAGUAUUCGAUAUGGCGCCCAUUAUGAAAGGCAUCGCUUAUGGCCAAGUUUAUGCUACAGCGGUUGCGACCACUUAUUACGCCGCCAUUAUGGCGCUUACAAUCAAAUACUUACUUGCUUCCUUUGCGGAAAUACUACCCUGGGCGACAUGUCAGCCUGAAUGGGGCGCCAAUUGUGUUUCAAUUACUACCUACAACUCAAGCUUCACUGCCAAUGUCACUCACGAAAAGUUGAUCUCCUCGGCAGAGCUGUUUUUUACCAAAGUGGUGUUGCGCGAGAAAGACAAUAUUGAGGAUGGUAUUGGCGCACCGAAUUUGGAUCUAGUCAUCUAUUUAUUCCUCGUGUGGGUAAUGAUUGCGAUUACGCUGAUUAAAGGCAUUCAAAGUUCUGGCAAAGCUGCGUAUUUUCUAGCUUUAUUUCCUUAUGUGAUACUUUUUAUUUUACUUGGACGCGCUUUAACUUUACCUGGCGCUUGGAAUGGCAUAGUUUACUUCCUGAAACCACAAUGGGAUCAGUUGCUUAACCCCGAAGUUUGGUAUGCCGCUAUCACACAGAUGUUCUUCUCGUUGGCGAUUUGCUUUGGAACCCUGAUUAUGUAUGCCUCGUAUAAUAACUUUCACAAGCGGGUUCAUAAAGACGUCUUGAUCAUCACCACCAUAGAUUCGUGCACUUCGAUACUCGCCGGCUGUGUUAUCUUCGGUAUACUUGGCAAUCUCGCGCUGGAAACGGAUACCACAGAUAUUUCGAAAGUGGUUAAGGGUGGCGCUGGCUUGGCCUUCAUCUCAUAUCCAGAGGCGAUUGCUAAAUUCAAAUAUUUACCGCAAUUAUUCGCAAUACUCUUUUUCUUUAUGCUUUUCGUAUUGGGUGUUGGCAGCAAUAUCGGCAUGUCUUCGUGUGUCAUAGCAGUAUUCAAGGAUCGUUUCGCCCACAUACCACAAUGGGUGAUAACAAUCGGUUUCGCAAUCUUCAGCUUUCUUUGUGGCCUAAUUUAUACGACACCGGGUGGACAAUUUCUACUUAACUUGAUAGACUUCUUUGGUUGUUCAUUUAUAGCACUCUUUUUGGCCAUUGGUGAGAUUUUCACUAUUUCAUGGAUUUACGGCGUCAAACGCUUCUGCAAGGACAUUGAGUUUAUGUGCAACAUCAAGACGGGCCUCUAUUGGCGCAUUUGCUGGGCGAUAUGCACGCCCGGACUCAUGUUUCUCGUGCUCAUCUAUACGUUAAUCAACUAUAAGCCGCUGCAAUAUAAGGGUGUCGAGUAUCCCGAUUAUAUAUGCAGUAUUGCCUGGUUAAUAUGGUUUAUUGGCGUGGGUCAGCUACCGUUCUGGGCUUUAUAUACCGUGUACAAGCAGCCUGGCGCUACUUUUAAGGAGAAAUUCAAUCAAGCUAUAAAACCAAAGUGCAACUGGGGUCCAGCAUCAACGGAGAAAUUCGAGAAGUAUAUUUUAUUUAUGAAGAACUCCCCAAACAACGCAGAGGACGGCUGGGCAUUACGAUUUUAUGACAACAUUUUCGGUUGAUUUCAAUCGAAGAUUAUUGCAGUACUUAAAGAGCCGGUGCUUACCUUUUUGUAAAUAUAAAAAAAAAAAACAACAAACAAAUACAACUUUUAUUUUGC